AUGUUUGCACUGGAAAAACCUGCGUCGAGGAAACGACGCCGCACCUCCACUGAGCCUUCAGAUCGCGAGCACCCACCAGUUGUGAAAAAACCGCGAUUGCAGCCCGAGAGUUUCCCGCAACCUCACCGUCGUCAUCGCCCUGCGAGCUUCUGGGACACGUUGUCCAAGAUCCGAUUGAGCAACGGCGCCCUGAGAGAGUUCGACCGCAGGAACGAGCAGAAGACCAAGCAGUCAUAUCUCGCAACAACACCAACUGCCGAGUGUCCGACGGGGCGAGCAUCUGAUCUCAAAAGAUUUUCUCGCCUUGGUGGUCCUGAUAUAUCACACCUACGAGGGUUCGCCAGCUUACCUCUUCGAGUCACCGAGGCGAUGAGCGAUUAUUCCCAUUCCCGAAGCCGGAAACGGUCUUCUACCUCGUCACAGGCUGGCUUGACCAGACCCUCCAACACUACAACCAAAAGUGGGAAUUUCGAACAAAAAAUGAUUGAUAAUGGUGUCUACCCUCACCUCUACGAACACCCGGAUGGCCGUAAUGAAAAGCCGGCCAAUUUUGGCGACAUCCAAGCCAGACUCAGGACUGCACGGCCAUCACUAUCACCGUCGCGAUUUAGUGAUACAGAAUUCGAUGCGUUCCAGCGAGAAAAUGCGAGGGCGUCUACUGAGGGUACAACGAUGAGUAGGGUCAUGCCCUUCCUCGCUGGAAAUGAAGCCACACACCACCGAGUACAGGUGGAUCACCCGUUCAACAACCUUGAACCUUUGGCCGCAGGCGUCAGCUACGCUAAACCCGACGUCUACUAUGGGGCGCAACCGUCUGUCAUCAACCCGCGUGUCCGGAGUGACCUGGGCAAGCACAUCAUUCCUUCCACUACCACCAGCCGUCCUGUGGCGCCGAAUUUCUUUCUGGAAGGCAAGGGCCCAAAAGGACAAACGGAUGUGCUCCAGCGGCAAGCUUUGUAUAAUGGAGCCUUAGGAGCUCGAGCCAUGCACAGCCUACAGAACUACGGUACGAACACACCGGUCUACGACAACAACGCGUACAGCUUCAGCAGCACUUACCACGAUGGCCAGUUGAGGGUAUACGCGACACAUCCUACCCAAUCCACAGUCCCUGAAAGGCAGUCUGACUAUCAUAUGACUCAAGUUCGUUCGUUCUCACUGACAGACACCCACGACCGAUUUCGAGAAGGGGUUACCGCCUACCGCAACAUCCGAGACCUGGCAAAGGAACAACGUGAUAGCUUCAUUGAAAAAGCGAAUCAGAAAACCAGCCAGAUGCGCACCAGCACGAGCACUACCUUCACGGACAGCCAUGCAUCCCAGUCAACCCCUCUACUUGGUGGGUCGGACACUUCUGAAGACGAGCUGGCUCGUUAUGAGGCGGCCCCCGCCAAGCGUCUUAGACCAGGUACAUCGCGAUAG